AUGGAGGCGCUGUUCAUGCAGGCCUUCGAGCGCCGGGACGCGGCGGAGGCGCAGAUGCGGCAGCAGGUGGCGUCCUACUCCGAGACCCUCACCUGCGCCCUCCUCGCCGCGGGCCACCUGCCCCCGCCGUGGCUCCUCCCGCACCCCGCCGCGUUCGGGGCCCUCGAGCGCGGGGGCCUCGCGGAGGCGCAGAUGAAGCAGCAGGUGGAUGCCUACUCCCGCUCCCUCGCCCGCACUCUCAGCGGCGCCGGCCACCUGCCCCCGCCGUGGCUCCUCCCGCCCGACGCCGGCGUCGGGGCCUUGGAGCUCCGGGACCGGGCGGAGGAGCAGAUGCGGCAGCAGGUGGAGUCCUACUCCCAGUCCCUCGCCUGCGCCCUCCUCGCCGCCGGCCACCGGCCCCCGCCGUGGCUGCUCCAGCCCCCCGCAGACGUCGCGACCCAUGGAAAUACUGUAACGAAACAAUUGGUUGAUCCUGCUAAUCCAAGAAGUGUAGAUCAUGUACAUCAUGAAUUGACUGAAGUCAAUCAUCAGUUCAAACAAAAAACAUCUGAAGCUGUUGCUGUCAAACCAGGUAUCAUGAAUAUCACCAGAUCAGCAGAAGUUAAUGGACGCCAGAAAUGUGCAUCAGAAUCUGUCAUUGAAUCUACUGGCAUGCAUUCUUCAAAUGAAAACCCAUCACCUGCCAAUUCUGUUGAAGUACCACAUUCUGCUGUCAUUUUGCUGCUGCAAAAUGAGACGUCACAUUCUGUUGAAGCUGAUUUCUGCGAAGUACCUCAUCUUGUCACCAUUCUGUUACCCGAAAAGGAAACCACACAUGCUGCUGAAACUGAACCUCUAGAAGGCCCAAGGUCUAGUACCACCCCUCUGCUUCAAAAUGAUUCAGUGAAACCUUCUUUUCUGAAAGGAUCUGAUAGUGUAGCUGGAACCCUGCCUGAAAACGAUUCUAUUGAGAUUGCUGAAAAUGGUUCUCUUGAAGUACCAUGUUCUAUGGUCAGUCUUUUGCUUGAAAAGGAUACAUUGCGCUCUGAUGAAGCCAAUUUUCAUGAAGGAACUAACUCCAUACCUAGUGUAUUGCUUAACAAGAAAACAACAUUGACGGAUUCUCUUGAAGGACCACAACCGAAGGCUAGUUCACUGCUUGGAAAGGACAUGUUGCACUGUGCACGUAUUAAUUGUCAAGAAGGACAUGCUGCGACCCAAGGCAAUACUGUAAGAAAACUGUCGGUUGAUCUUGCUGAUCUAAAAAGCGCAGAUCAUGUGCAUCAUGUCUUUCCUGAGAUCAAUCAUUGGGUCAAACAAAGAACUGCUGAUGAAGCUGUUGAAGUCAAACCAGUUAUCAUGAAUAUCAACAGUUCAGAAAAAUUUAAUCAGUGCCAGAAAUGCACGUGUAAAACUGUCAUUGAUUCUACGAUCAUGUGUGUUUCAGUAUGUGCCUUCCGAAUUGCAGCUGGCUGA